AUGGGGCCCGACUGCGCGCAAAUAUCGUGCUUGGCAUUAAGAAACUGUUCAAGGAAUGGAUAUUGCAUAGCACCGAAUGUUUGCAAGUGCUUCGAUGGCUGGCAACACCACGACUGUUCAGAGCCGACUUGUCAUUUGGUAAAUAAUUGCACUGGGCAUGGUACUUGCGUGUCGCUCAAUGAAUGUAAUUGUGACCCAAUGUUUACAGGUGUUGACUGCAGCAAACAGAUCAGUAAUUGUUCAAGCGCAAAUUGCAACAAUCACGGUUUAUGCAUCAACAGUAAAUGCGUUUGUGAAACCGGUUGGACAGGACAGUUUUGCUCGAGGGCACUAUGUGAUCAGUUGAAUAACUGCUCCGGUUCAGGCACCUGCAUUCGACCUCAGGUCUGCGAAUGUUUCCAUGGAUUUGCUGGGGAUGAUUGUUCAAUUUUUGAAGGUCCGACCCGCGACUUUUGCGAUGCCAAAUGUAUUCACGGGCAUUGCAACUCUAAUACAAGAACUUGCAUAUGUCGUGAUGGUUGGACUGGUCAAAGCUGCGACAUUUGCGCUGUUGAGAAAUGCGACGUAAUGUCAGUUGUGUUGUAUGUUUUACCAACAGCUGCUGGAAUUCAUCAGAAGGGAAAAGAUAUUUUGGUUUACGGCAAUGAUUUACCUUUCGUACCAUCAAAACGUUACACGUGUUUGUAUGGUAGCACAGCGUCCGAUGGUUUCUAUGUUUCAUCGUCGUUAGUACGUUGUACAAUUCCAAGUUUAGCCUUGCCAGGUCGUUAUCUGUUUAAUAUCAUCCCAUAUGGAUCCGAUAAAGCUGUUCCUUUUCUCGACAAGCGUUUGAUCCAUUUCACUUUAUAUAAUGAAUGCAAUCAAGCAGAUUGCAAAGGCUAUUGUUUGGGAGCAAUUUGUGUAUGUCCUAUAGAUCGAGAUGGUCCAUUUUGUGAUCAGACAAAAAUUCGACCAAAAUUGGAUCGUGAAAUUUUGAGCAAUGAAAAAUUAACAAAGGCUGUAGAAGGCGAACCGUAUACUGUCAAAAUGCCUGUUCAGCAAGAGAAUACGAUAUUCAAUGUUGAAACAGAUGCUCAUGGAAUGAUAAUUUAUCCGAACGGCAUGGUAUUUUGGGCGCAGCCAAUCGGACGUGUCCAGCCAUAUACUGUAAACGUUACUGCUGCUUCGCUCACCGGUGGAUUCGCGAUUAGUUGGAAUUUAACUGUUAAGCCGAUGUAUACCCCAGUGAUCACUAAGGUGGAAAGUGCUGACGACUCAAAUAUGAAAAUAAUUAGUGGAGUCGUUAAUUGCAAUACAAAACUUAUCGGUAAGGUCCCGGUAAAAAUGCUGGUUUAUCAGGAUGGUAAGCUGGUGGCAAAUGCCACAACAACAAGUAAGAGUGAUGGUCGCUUUAGAUUUGAAUACUAUCCAUUCGAUGAAACGAUCUCAACAUCAGUGGUUGUGGUGCAUCCUGGUGCAGCAAAACCUGAUGCAAUUACAUCGUCCAAUAAUGCAACGUGGGCUGCACAUAACUUUGAUAUUGAAUAUGCUCCUAAAAUAAAAAUGAAACCAGGCGAACAAAUUGAUGAAGAAUAUCAGUUAAAAAAUAAAGGCGAAGAAUUGCUUCUGAACUGUCAGUUGGAAUUAAUUAUACCACGUGAUAAAGUACAAAUUGCAAAAUACGAAAAGAUAGUAAAAGGUAUAACAAUUGGUGAAUCAAAGUCAAUGAAGGUUACAUUUGCUGCUAGCAGUACGCUUGAUGGCACUACUCUUAUCCUUCAAUUCAAAUGCAUCGAUACACCCAAGAAACUAAUCAGUCAGCAAAUAGAAGUUGACCGGGAAAGACCGAUAUUUGCAUCAUAUCCAUCGGAGAUACUUAUUUCCACUCCACCAAGAAUACCACCGAAGAUUAUUACGGUGAAUAUUAUAAAUAAAGAGGGUUAUCGAUUUGUCGCUGCGCCACGAAUUUCCAUUCAACCUGACCACAGUCCUUUAUUUCUGGUAUCUACCAAACCACUGAUGCAAAAUAUCAUGGAAUUCAGCAGUCCGGGAUCAAUGCUUACACUCUUCCUCAGCUAUCGACUGCUAUUAAAUGGAGGAACUGUAAAUUGGACGACUGCUGGUGACUUGAUUUUAUUCGAUGGAAAUAAGCGACUGUUUACGAUAGAAUAUUUUAACUAUGCCACUUCGGAUUUAUUUGAUUUCCAAAUAACAGUAAUGGACGAACUGAGCGUGUUGGAUCCAACUCAUGUUGUUAGUGAUGCGGAGAUAAUGCUCCGGAAUGAUAUACUUGGCUAUGAUGAUAAAAGGAAGACAAAACCAAAUGAACCCGUUGUAUUUUUCUCCAUUAUUGAAGGAACAUAUCAGCUUACUGUUAAAUCUCCGACUCAUGUAUCGGUCACUAUGAUCGUCCAGCCAUCAUUUAUUAAUUCCUCAUUAGUGGUGUUUGCUCCAAUUACUUCACCUUAUUCUCCAGUUGUUGAAGAUGGAAGAUUAUUGUUGGAAGAAAUUGAUGAACAACGAAAGGUUCCAUUCCCUAAGCUCCAUUUUACACCAUCCACAAUACUGGUACCCGUGAAUGGUACAAAAGAAGUGAAGUUGUUGAUAAGCAGUGAUUCGAAUGGCCCAAGUGAUCAUACAGCUUUUUUACCCUCUGUUGAAAUUCAUGAGGAACAUCUUCCAUUUACCUUCGCAACGGCUGAUCUCAGGAAUGGACUAGGACUUGGGGAUGGCUAUUACAUGAAGUGCAAGCUGUCGCGUGUAUCGAAUCAGGCAGUAAAGAAAACUCCAUGCACUGUUUUUGCAUUACAAAUUCCUUAUAUUUAUACAGUACCAACCUCGAUAUCAAAUUAUGCACGGGAUAUUGUGAUACUGGCUGAUAACAGGAAUAAGACAAGUGAUAAAGUUCAUCUCUGCGAGGUUGGUUUGCAAAUUGCAUCAAAAGAAGCGUCAAUUUGGACCAAAACUACCAUCUACUGCAACUGUGCAAUGAAGACGAAAGAGCGUUGUCGUAGACAGUAUGUUUCGGCAGCAACUUGUGGCACUGCUUGGAAAUACAUUCCGGAUGAUACAGUAUCACUACAAACAACAGCUAUGUUCAUUGUAUUUAUGGCGGAAUGUCGAACGGCUGGAGUCGACUUUCAUAAAAUCAGACAAUUUCUUGCAUGUGCUUCUUCACUGGAUAGUCAUUGCCCGGUAUCACAGGAGCGACAUUUUACCAAAAAUAGGUCCUCAUGGGAAAGUCAACAAAGAACACAGUUUUUCGAUCAGCUUGCCAUGGUUAGCGCACAGGCAGAUGAAAUAUUGCAGAAAUAUUUUCCGGUUUUGAAAGUGAUGGCAUCACAAACGGUAGAUACAGUAGCCCUAUUCAAUGCGUUUUUUGAACGGCUUAAUGACUUACUGCCAUUCAAGUAUUUCGAUGAAAUUAAUGAUAGGCAAUGGUUCGACAAAUUUUUCGAAAGUAUAUCCGAAUCAUCAGAAGAUGGGCUUGCAAUUAGUGAGACCGAAUUCAGAAAAUUAAAAGACGAGAAAGGAGGCGCAAUUCUGGCACAUUAUUGGAACUCUACAGUUGUCCAGUGGUCUACAAUAUCGAGCCUCUCCUCGAAAGCUAGCUUUACUGGCAUGAAAUUCACAGAUGCUCGAGAACUGAUUGUUAGCUCAGAUCGAUUGAAAACACUUACAAGACAGUAUGGUGCCGAUAAUCCAUUCGCGUUGCUUCAUGAAUACAUGGGAAGGUUAUUAUCGUGGCCAUCGGAAAAUAUUUCUGGUUCGCAACAAAUCUUAACACUUGGAAAGAGUUAUGAAGACAUUUGUGCCUAUGCUUACAGUCUGAUAGCGCCCGAAAAACCGUAUGAAAACAGUGAAUUUCAUAUUAGACUAAAAGUGAUUAACAAAAAGAAUGAACCACUGGAAUCUGUGAAAGUAACAUUAGAAAUGAUUCAAAGUGGUGCUUAUAUAGCACCAGGUGUUGACACAACAUUCAUGCAAUUUCGGAUUGGAGCGGUUACACUGGAUGGAAUUGGCAGCAUUGAUCGUGCUUCGAAACUGCCACCAAAUGCAUCAUUUGUCGCAAUCUGGAGCCUGAAGCCGGUCAAAAAUAUGCGGUUGAUUCGUGAAACUGAAUAUCAAGCAGUUGUGAUUUUGAAAUUUACGCAAAAUGGUCGCAGAAGCGUGCAACGAAUAGCGACACAGACGGUGACGUUUCGACCACGACCAUCGCUCAAAAUUUAUUACUUUAUCUCAAACUUAACGCGUUCGGAAAAUGCGAAAAACGUAAAUACUUCUCUGCCCAUGUUUAACGUGAUGAUCGCUUUUAUGAACACGGGUUACUCGAAUCUCAAGAAUGUCAAAGUGGAGGAAAUCCGAUUGUCGGUACUGUCAGCAGAUAGCAUGAAAAAUUUCUUAACUUAUCGAAUUAGUGGCAUUAUCAGUGGUAUUGGCAUUGAAAACAGGACUCUUUCCGAUUUACACUUCAUAAUCGCAAAUAUCGAGUCCGGAAAAACUAGGGGAGUAAUUCGUGACCUCAAGAUGACGACUUCGAUGAAUGGCGAACUUAUUGAACUCGAAGAUACUCAAACAUUUACUAUCCAGCAGUUUAUUUCACCAACCAAAUUUCUAGUUUCUCUUCAAACGAAUUCAGCUUUAUUGUUUUACUACGAUAUGCAGAGGGCGGCCAAGGAAAAAAGUGGUAGCACUGAUGGGAAACCUUUUCGGCAGCAGACUGCAUUAUUUCGAUUCAGUCAAUCACAACAACAACUUACAUCAUUUUAUGGACGAAUUCCAUAUCCAGCUGAUUUGGAACACGAGUUCGAAGUAUUGCGAGUGAAUCAGGUUGGCGAAAAUGGUAUGCUAAAGCUCGUCGAUCCGCGAUAUAUUUGGAGUUCAAAUACUGAUCCGGAAUUUGUUCAUUUUAUCGAUGAUAAUCCAUCAGGAGCAUCUGAAUCUAUUGCGUACGAAAUUAUUUAUGGUAAUGCGGAACUAUUCCUCCGCCCGCGUUUCGAAUUUCCUAUUUACAAUAUUCCACUGGUAACUGAAAAUUGGCCGCAUGUUGGCGACGAGAUUGCCCGCAUUCAGGCUACUUCAGCAAGUCAAUCAACCAUUCGUUACGAACUUUACUCAAAUUUCAGUGAAAUGGAUGAUUAUUUCAGCAUAAACCCAGAAACUGGUAUCAUAAACUUAAGAAAAGAAAUGCUACCUAUAGAAAUAGAAAAUAGUUACUGUGCCACUGUUCGAGCAAUUGAUGAUCAUGGACGUUCUGAGACAAUUGCAGUGACCAUUGGAUUCGAUGGUUUUGUCAGGGAAUGUCACAAAAUCGACAACUUUAGUGGCCUUCAAUCUCUCACUCACAUUCCUCUUCAUUCUCGUUCUUCAAAACCUGUUGUAGAAAUUGGUGUUACCAAUGAUGGCACUAGGUAUACUUCAGAAAUACCGCAACUGUAUUUCUCGUCCUAUGUUGCAGCUUCUUCACUUUCUUCAACUUUGCCUUCAACAACAGCAAAAAUCAAUGAAGCGAAAAAUGAUGGGUAUCGAGUAACGUCCUCAGUAACAAAGAAACAUGGAUAUACGAAGUUGAUAGCCACGCAAUCAAUUUCUGAUUCCAAUCGCAGAUCCGAUUUAACUUUAGGUUCGAUCAUUCCUUUACAGCUGCCUUCAAGUGUUGCUUCUGGCUCCAGAACAAACCCUGAAUCGGACUUAAGCAUUGUUCCUGGCACAAGUUCCCCUGCUAAUGCUAUAAAAAAUGAUUCAAAUGACACUUUUUUCUUUACUGAACUUGGCACAACUAAUGAUACCAACAAGAGUGUUAGCUUCUCGACAGGUAGGUCAUACAGGACGCGUAUAAUUGGAAGUACCAAUGAAGGUAUGUUGCUACCCCGUGAAGAAAUUCAUAGCGAAUCCGAUAGAACUAAUGAGGGAGGAAUCACAUGGAGCGAUAGCUUUAGUUCUGGAAGUGAAGAUGAGAGCACCUUAAAUGAACGAAAAGGCAGACUGUGGUAUAGCACCGGUCAACAAAGCGAUGUUUCCAGCACGACCAAAAUCGACCCAUACAGUAUAUUUACAGUUGGCCAAUCUCGUAUUUCACUUAAAUCAGGAGUUAGCACUGUUUCUUUUAUUAAUCGUGGUGCAGAUGAUAGUUCCGGAACUACCGAAGACUCAGAUAUCAGCUCGCUUACUGAAAAGGAUGUAUCAAACGAAGGUUCUGAAAAAUUCCCGAACUUUUAUUCCUUAUUUUCAACCGAAGCGUCCGUUGAAAAAGGUCUGUUUUCGCUUACUACACUAGCACCUCGUCGUCAAAUUAUUCAGUAUACGGAAUCAAGUUACAAUUUCAGCACUGCAAACACUAUCUACUUCUAUUUGCCUAGUGGUAAUUUAGAAGUAGAAUUACCAUCUUCAGAAAAUAAUAGGAAAUCAAUAAUUACAGGUGUAACACGGAAUGAUGGUCCACACACCUACCAACCUCAGGUGACGUCACUUCGCGGAAGCACAUAUUAUAGUCUGAUCUCACCUACUCUGCAAAUUACAGAACUCUCGGAACAAGGUAAUGCAAAAGGAUCAAAUAUUCAGCCUGCAACUAAAAUUCCAGUCAUUCUUUCUUCUGAUGAAAUAUCUGCGGGUUCCGAGGACAAGGAAAAUAUCUCAGAGAUGGCUUGUCGUCUGAAAGAUACACAACCUAUAUGGAGUCUCAUUUGUGAUCUUAGCAAAACAUCGAGCAUUAGUGGGUAUUGA